GGGCGGGGGCAGCUGAGGAGAAAGAGAGAAAACCCUGAGCGCCGCUGACAGAAAGGAAGCCGGCCGGCCGGACGGAAGGGCGCGAGGGAAGCUGCAAGUGCGGAUAAAAGCUGAGCCGCGCGGCAGCGAGCGGAGGCGCCGGCGACCCGCAGCCCCGCGUCAGGGGGGUGGGGUGGGGGGGGAUGCGGCUGGCGCUGGCCGCCCAGCGAGCCGGCGAGUCGGGCCGCGCCGCCGCUCACGUGCCGGGAGCUGGGAGCCUAGGCUGCUGACAGGAGGAAGGAGCGCGAGGCCACCUACGUGCCGGUGCUGCGCUGAGAGGACUCGCAGGGCCGGCCGGGGGAGCCGCGUCCCCGCGUCGCCGCGUCCCGCGCGGUGAGCGGCAGAGACAAUAAAGUAGCGCUCGGCAGCCAGCGGGCGCCCGAGGGAGGAGGCGACGGAGCAGGUAGACUUUUGUGAGAAAUCUACAAGAAAGAAUGUUUGAAGGAAAAAGAUGACAUCUGUGUGUGGCAAACAAAAUCCAAAGAGUACUGCAGUGAAAAUAAGGGGAAGGCAGAAAAAUACUUAUUAAAGAUCACUCCACAGUUUAUCUCAGGAGCAUGGGAAAUGGCUGCUCACAAAUUCAGAGUUUGUGAGAAAAAGAUGACAGAAGGAAGGCACUGCCAGGUGCAUCUCCUGGAUGAUAGGAGGCUGGAACUGCUGGUUCAGCCCAAACUUUUGUCAAGAGAGUUGCUGGACCUUGUGGCUUCCCAUUUCAACCUUAAAGAAAAGGAGUACUUUGGAAUCACAUUUACAGAUGACACAGGUCAGCAGAACUGGCUACAGUUAGAUCACCGAGUUCUUGAUCAUGAUCUUCCCAAGAAACCUGGCCCAGCCACUUUGCACUUUGCUGUAAGGUUUUACAUUGAAAGCAUCACAUUUUUAAAGGAUAAAACCACCGUGGAGCUGUUUUUCCUGAAUGCAAAGUCUUGUGUGCACAAGGGACAAAUUGAAGUAGACAGUGAAACCAUCUUCAAGUUAGCAGCGCUUGUUUUGCAGGAAGCCAAGGGGGAUUACACCAGUGAUGAAAAUGCCAGAAAAGACUUAAAGACACUGCCAGCCUUUCCAACCAAAACCCUUCAGGAGCAUCCAUCCCUUGCUUACUGUGAGGACAGAGUGAUUGAACAUUAUCUGAAAAUCAAAGGCCUGACUCGCGGUCAAACUGUGGUUCAGUAUAUGAGAAUAGUAGAAGCUCUACCGACUUAUGGAGUUCAUUAUUAUGCAGUAAAGGAUAAACAAGGGCUUCCUUGGUGGCUUGGAAUCAGCUAUAAAGGAAUUGGUCAAUAUGAUUUACAAGACAAGGUGAAACCUCGAAAAUUAUUCCAAUGGAAACAACUGGAGAAUUUAUAUUUUCGUGAGAAAAAAUUUGCUGUUGAAGUUCAUGAUCCACGGAGGAUUUCAGUGUCAAGAAGAACCUUUGGGCAAAGUGGUCUCUUUGUGCAGACGUGGUAUGCAAACUCUUCGCUUAUCAAGUCCAUCUGGGUAAUGGCAAUUAGUCAGCAUCAGUUUUACUUGGACCGGAAGCAAAGCAAAGCCAAAAUUCCUUCAGCCAGGAGUUUAGACGAUAUUGCCAUGGAUUUGACAGAGUCUGGAACACCCAGGGUCUCCAAACUGGUAACACUGGAGGCAAAAAGUCAAUUCAUCAUGGCAAGCAAUGGCAGCUUAAUCUCCUCAGGGUCUCAAGACUCAGAAGCCAGUGAAGAACAAAAGAGAGAGAAAAUCCUUGAACUCAAGAAGAAGGAAAAACUUUUGCAAGAAAAACUUCUCAAAAAAGUCGAAGAACUGAAAAAGAUCUGUUUACGAGAGGCUGAGCUUACAGGUAAAAUGCCAAAGGAAUAUCCGCUGAGCAUAGGUGAGAAACCUCCACAGAUCAGAAGGCGUGUGGGUACUGCUUUCAAAUUAGAUGACAACUUACUGCCAAGUAAAGAGGAUCCUGCUUUGCAAGAACUGGAGAGCAAUUUCCUUAUACAACAAAAGCUGGUUGAAGCUGCAAAGAAACUUGCCAAUGAGCCAGACCUUUGCAAAACCGUGAAGAAAAAACGAAAGCAAGAUUACACAGAUGCAGUGAAAAAACUUCAGGACAUUGAAAAUUCAAUAAAUGAAUAUAGAAUUAGAUGUGGAAAGAAUCCCAGUCAGAAAGCAACAGUUAUUUUACCAGAAGACAUCAUCCCAUCUGAGAGCAGUUCCUUGUCUGACACUACCACCUAUGAUGAUUCCAAUGACGCCUUCACACUUGCUGGACAGCGAUCAAGUUCAGUACCACAUUCUCCAAGAAUUCUUCCUCCGAAAUCUCUCGGAAUAGAUCGUAUCCAUUUCAGAAAGUCAUCCAUCAAUGAACAGUUUGUGGAAACUAGGCCAUGCCGAGAAAUGCUGUCAACACACAGUAGCCCUUACAAAACCCUGGAGAGACGACCCCAGGGAGGACGGAGCAUGCCCACCACGCCUGUUCUUACCCGCAACGCCUACAGCAGCAGCCACUUGGAACCUGAAUCAUCUCAGCACUGCCGCCAGCGGAGUGGAAGCCUUGAGUCUCAGUCCCACCUGCUCUCUGAGAUGGACAGUGAUAAGCCAUUUUUCUCUCUCUCCAAAUCCCAAAGAAGUAGCAGCACAGAAAUCCUGGACGACGGGUCUUCCUACACCAGCCAAUCAAGCACUGAGUAUUACUGUGUCACACCAGUUGCUGGCCCCUAUUACACCGCCCAGACUCUGGAUACUCGUGCCAGGGGCCGGAGAAGGUCCAGGAAACAGAACGUUUCAGCUUCAAAUUCAGGAAGUAUGCCCAACCUCGCACAAAAGGAUAGUUUGAGGAAUGGUGUCUACUCCAAGAGUCAGGAGCAGCCUACUUCCAGUUACUAUAUUGCUGGAUACACACCAUACGCAGAGUGUGAUCUUUACUACGGUGGUGGUUACAUCUAUGAGAAUGACACGGAGGGACAGUACAGUGUCAAUCCUUCCUACCGGUCAUCUGCUCAUUAUGGAUAUGACCGCCCAAGGGACUACAGCAGGUCCUUUCAUGAAGAUGAGGUCGAUCGGGCACCCCAUAAUCCAUAUGCAACUCUCCGGUUGCCAAGGAAAGCUUCUGUCAAGUCAGAGCACAUCACCAAAAACAUCCACAAGGCCUUAGUUGCAGAGCACCUACGUGGCUGGUACCAGCGAGCUUCUGGGCACAAGGAUCAGGGACACAGCCCACAGACUAGCUUUGACUCAGAUAGGGGAUCUCAGAGGUGCCUGGGGUUUACUGGGCUGCAAGUACCCUGUUCUCCAAGCAGUCGGGCAUCUUCCUACUCUUCAGUAUCUUCUACAAAUGCUUCCGGGAACUGGAGGGCCCAGAUAACUGUAGGACUGUCUGAGUACGAGACCCCAGCACACUCUUACACCAGCUGCUAUGGCAACAUCUAUAAUCCUUUGCCCUCUCCAGGCAGACAGUACACAGAGACCAGUCAACUGGACUGUACAGAUGGAAACUCAUUGGAAGACAGCCUGGAGAGUGGUGAACAGAGGCUGUUUUGGCAUGAGGAUUCAAAGCCUGGAACAUUAGUCUGAACUACAGUUGGACCUCUUGACCAAGCACUGCAUUCUCACACUGGUGUGCCUUGUGAAAUGUGUUCGUCUUUCCAGAAGGCUGUUGGCUUUAGAAACCUAAAUGGCAUCAAAGGUUGAAGAGAAUUUAUGCUAUCCUAGAAGUGAAUUCCCACAUUAAGCUGUACCAAGCCCCUGGAUGACGAUUUACCUUUCAAGCUCCAGGCACUAACUUAACCAAGCAAGGUUGGACCUCAUCUUGAACCACUGCCAAGAAAGGACUUAGCCGUUAUUGAUAGCAAGCACUUUUUAUGGGAAUAAUAGUUGUUGAAGGCAAACCUCAAAACUGUGAAAAGUGUGUUCAGGGUCUCCAAUAAGAAAGAAAGAUGGGAAACUUCAGAGCACAAUUCAGAAAGAUGAGAGAAUGGAAGCCAAGAGCUCCUAAGUCAUUGCUCACCAUCAGAAAGUAUAAUGUGUGAGCUGGUAAAGAAUACCAUUAUUUCUAUACAGACAUGAACAAUUUAGACAGUAUUUGAGAAUUACUUGAAGAAAAGCUGAAUUUUCAUGAAAUGAGUUUUGAGUGAGUGUAAAUGUUUUUAGGAUAUACUAAAGAGUGAUGGUUUUCAUAAACACCGUAAGAUGGGUUCUGGAAAGACUUAUUGCCAUAUCAUCCUGUAAUAUAACUUUAUGGUAACGGAUUGGGGGAAACGAAGCAGCCCACUGAAUAACUGACAAACCCUGCUUGAUGAAUUUUCUAAGGUACAUUAUCAUUGAGCUUUUUUUCUUUCUACACCAAUGGCAUGAUAAGCUAUUAUUCAAACUGAUAAAGCUCCAAUUUGGCUGUCACUUGAAAUGGCAGACUUGAUAUGGAAAAUUUUGUAAUCAAGAGUUUGAAAAGGAUUUUAAGGUGAUACAGAAAGAACCCAAAACAAAAUAGUGAAAAAAAGUGAAAUCCACAUCAUUAUAGAUGAGUUGUGUGCCUUAAAAUGAUGAACAUUAGAAAAGUUGGCAUAUUGUCUAGAUUCCAUAGGCAGUUCUAAGUCACCAAGUGACAAAAACAAGACUAGUUAUUAAUACAAACAAAUAAGCAAAAAAAAAAAAAAACCCUUCAAGCUGCAGUAGAUUUAAUUAUGAGGGUAAAUCUACCUCAUACUUUCCUUUGAAGAACUAAUUAACUACGGUUUAUUAUAGGGUUUUUUAAACAAAUAUUUCCAUAUUCCACAUUAAUUUUUUUGUCAUCUUAUUCUGCUUCAAGAUUAUAUAUAAGGUGCUCCUUCCCCCCUCUUUUAUACAAGUUUCCUGUUCAUAUUGUAAAUAAAGGAGUUUCUGAACAAUUUUUGGGAACAUUUUCUAUCGAUAUUCUAAAGCACGUAAUAUAUGCAUAAAGAUUUGUUAAACUGUCCCUUAGUCAUUUGUAUCAUUAAAAAUGAAGUUUGCAAAAAAAAAUUGGAAAACAAAAAGACAUGCAAAAAAAAUAACUUAUUCUUUGCAUUUUUGUAUAGUCUUCUAGAAACAGAGAUAAUCUUUUGCUUAUUCUUUUACUAUUCUGACAUUUUCAGACCUAUUUUUUUUUAUAUAGGUCAAUAAACUGAAGGUGUGCUACAGCAAAUGUUUAUGUAUUCUUCCAUUUAUGUUUGGGGUGCAUAAAGAGCUGUUAAAAUGCUUUAAGUCAUCAUAUUGGGCAAUAUUGCUGAUUUUGAUCAAACUAUGGUAUUGCCAUAUUUUACUAAAUUCACAAUGCACAUUUUUUUUAUAUUUCACCUCUAAAGUCAGGGUACACUCUUUGAUUGACGGCAUAUUUUAUUUGAAUUGGCAAUGUUUCUUCUUUCUUGGUGACACAUAAAAUAAUGCUGUCUUAUAAUAAAGCUGUCUUAGAACUGA